GAGAUAAAAACGGUCUAAUCUUUGAUCUGUACUGACAAUGAUACAGUAAUAUCGUUGAAAGAAGAACAACCAGCUGUCACUGCCCAUUUGUAGCGCCUGAGGGUGUCAACUAAGUCACCGCUUGGCACACCAACGCUGGGAAAGAUGGAAAGGACAUGCACCGCUUUGCUCACAUCUAGCGACAGGGACAGGACUAGGAGAACCCAUCAGGUCCUACAGAACCAACGAGCGCUGAAAGAAAACCCCGCUCAUCAAAAACAAGGGGAAGAGGGUCCGGAACUAGGGGAGGUUGAUAUCCUAGAAACCAGAAUUCAUAUAUAAAAGAGGCCCUAACCAGCAGGCCAAGCUAAAGAGUCCAUCGCUAGGAUAUCCCACCAUUUCGAGAGAUAAGGGUCCCCUCUGUCAAAUACUCACCUUCACAAAUGUCUCACUCAUUUCGCAUCCCUGUGAUUGUUAUCUUGUUUUGUGCCUUCGUCCUUAGCAUCUUUGUCUCCAUCUCCUUGCCCCAUCUGAAGUCGGUGGAUAUUACUCGAGUAGACUUCACUAGCGCUGGGAGCAUACCUGCGUCAGACAACCCAAACGGUAUAGCACAUCUAAGGUUUGGUAUAUGGGCUCCUUGUUAUUAUCUGAUGGAUGGACAGUCUGAAUGCGGGGUCGUCGGUCAUGGUUAUUCUGUCGAUUUCAUAUCACUCUAUGGCUCUGAUAGUAUCACCGCGGCCUGGACCCGUGGACUUGCAGUCCAUCCUGUCGCAACCGGAGUCACUUUCAUCGCGCUGGUUCUCUCUUUGUCAAAUCAAAUCACCGUGUCGUUCUACGCGUUCAUUUCCAUCCUCCUCGCCACCCUCCUAGGACUCCUCGCGUUCGUCCUCGACAUAGCGCUCGAGGUUCAUGUCAAGACCGUAGUGAAUAGCCUCAGCCUAGGUUACACAACAAGCACUGGACCAGGGUUCUGGCUUUCGUUUGUAUCGCCGGUCCUGUUAAUCGCGGCUUCAUGCGUGGAUAUCUUGGGAAGAAGAAGGGAUCGCAAGUCAGGCGAUAGCUCCUACCCGCUAUCAUUCACCAAAAACUGGACAUAGUAAUGUUAAGGUAUCAGCAACUCGUUCAAUCGA